AUGAACUGUCAUAGUAUUAAAUAUAAAAGACAAUUAGAUGAUCUUGAAACACAAAUACCACCUGUUGUCGAACGAUUAUCCCAAAAUUUACUAUGGCUUAUUGGUCUAAGUAUUACAGCUGGAGUUAUACUUUUAAUUAUUCUUGUUGGUGUUCUCUGGUGUUGUGGUUUCUUCAAACGAAAUCGUCCACAAUAUCCCGUAUCAGCACGAGAUGAUAUACAUUCUCAUGACGAUCAAUUUCAUUUGUCAUCAUCUUAUAAACCAGGAAAAAUUGCUUUUCAACCUGAUAGUGAUGAAACAUCAAGUGAUGAUAAUGAAAUAAUGAUACAAAAUGCAGGCGAUAGUUUACCUAUUGUUAUACCACAAAAUUCAUCACAUUUUAUUCAACAGCAACAACAAAAAGCUCCAUAUAUCUUUUAG